AUUAAUAUUUGUUACAUUUUUUAGAUGGAAGGUGGUAGAUAUUCGGUUGAUUUGGGUAACCUCCAACGCAAUCGAAGAAACGAGAUUGGGAGGAAGAAAUCCCGCAAAGGUAAAGAACUUGCCGGGUCUGCAUCUCAAAGUCGAGAUGAUUUUGAAACGGGUUACCAAAGGCGAGAUGGAGAUGCGAUGUCCGAAGAACAACUCCAACAAGAAUUGGCCCGACAUAAUAACCGCUUUCUACAACAACAACAAAUGCCGACGACCAUUGACGAAGAGGAGCUUGAGGAUGAAGAUGCGGAGGAAUUGGAACCGGAGACGGCCGAGGAGGAGGGUGCCGGCAGCCACGACGCCGACGCGCCUGCCUCAUCCCAAACCGCCACCGGUAAUAAAAAAAGUAAGUCUGAACUAAUGAAAAAUAAUUUUGAUAAAUGGAAGGACCCACAAACCGGCUAUUGGCACGCAACUUGCAAGUGGUGCAACAACAAUUAUAGUUUGGGAACCUCCGGCGGAUACGGAUCCGCCGCAAGGCAUCUUAAGGCAAAGCACCCCGUGGAGUAUGCAAAAUUAGGCGGCGGAACGGGGAAGCAAACUCAAAUAUCGAGGUUUGCGAAUUCUCAACCUUUUGGUAAUUUCUCCUACAAUGAUGCACAAAAUUUGACUGGUAUGGCUAACUUAAUUUGUGA